UGGGUUCACUGGGUUCAUGUAGUACCGGAGCCUCCUCCUCCUCCUCCUCUUCCUCAGCCCGGCUGCUUCUCCUCGGUGAACCGGGACCUGGGUAAACCUGAGCUGCUCCAUGUUAGUGCACCGGACAGGACGGGACAUCUGAGUGUGACCUUCUCCUCCAGGACACCGGAUCAGCUGAUGACUCCGAACAUGCUCCCGUCUGCAGUGUGAUGGCGGACAGUCUUCGUCCUGCUGGAGGAAUCGAACAUGAUGGCUGCUGACGGCUGCUGCAGAGCGAUGGAUCGAGGCCGCGCCAAGCUGGCGGCUGAGGCUGUUCCCAGAGCAUCGCUGCCCCCCCCGCAGCCGCCGGGCUCCGACAUCCAGGAGCUGGCGUCGAAGCGCGUGGACGUGCAGAAGAAGCGCUUCUACCUGGACGUGAAGCAGAGCGCGCGCGGCCGCUUCCUGAAGAUCGCGGAGGUUUGGAUCGGCCGCGGCCGCCAUGACAAUAUCCGGAAGAGCAAGCUGACGCUGUCCAUGUCCGCGGCCCCGGCGCUGCGCGGCUGCCUCGGGGACUUCAUCGACUACUACGCGCGCAUCGGGCUGCGCGGCCUCGGGCUCGCGCAUCUCGACGAGCCGCAUAGUAACGGACAGAGCCGCGUGCCCGAGCCCCGCAGGAGAGCGCAGGAGCACGCGCCUCUGUCUCCCGCGGGGUCCGCCGCGUCUGACGAGCACGCGCAGCGCGUGCUGAAGAGCGAGCUGAUCGAGCGCGACAACCGGAAGUACUUCCUGGACCUGAAGGAGAACCAGCGCGGCCGCUUCCUGCGCAUCCGCCAGACGGUGAGCAAGGGCCACGGCACCAUGGGCUACUACGGCCAGGGAAUCGAACACACCAUCGUUCUGCCAGCGCAGGGACUCAUCGAGUUCCGGGACGCCCUAUCGCAGCUCAUCGAAGACUACGGGGACGGGGACGCUGACGAGCGCGGCCGAACCGGCUCCCGGAACCAGGAGGACGAGGACGACAGCCCCGAGCUGCCCGAGGCCGCGUCCUUCCGUGUGGACAACAAGAGGUUCUACUUUGACGUGGGGUCCAACAGGUUCGGAGUGUUCCUGAAGAUCAGCGAGGUCCGGCAGCCGUACCGGAACACCAUCACCGUCCCGCUGAAGGCCUGGUCCCGGUUCGGAGACAACUUCCUCCGCUACGAGGAGGAGAUGAGACGGAUUUUCACUUGUCACAAAGAGAAGAGGACAGAGACAAGACAGGACAGCGAGGAGCAGGAGGACUGACCCGGACUGGAGCUCUGGGAGCCCCUGCAGAGGCCCCAUAUGUCCCUGCAGACAUGCCCCUUUAUGUCCUCCAGGGGCCCUGCAGACAUGUCCUUCAAAAGUCCCCAUGAUGAGCAGGGUGUGUCCCCUCAACCUUACAGCACCUGAACUGUUUGGUUCCUCCCCCAAGGGCUGGGUAAUGACUAAUCUGAACCUGCCAAGAUCCAAUCAUCCAUCUUCAUGUCCACGUCCACGUCCAUGUCCACGUCCAUCUCCAUGUCCAUGUCCAUGUCCAUGUCCACGUCCAUGUCUCAGUGCUGUUUCAUGCACCUGAACCUGUCUGACAGAUGAAGGAGUUAUUGUUGUGAGGACACUUAUUUAUUAGAGGUCUAAUAAUGAUAUUAA